AUGUUCACUAACAAUUAUUCAUUAUCGACCGAAUCGAUAAUAUGGAACAAUACGAUUUCAGAAAGUACUGUACUUUUUCAUCAUCCAAUUUUGUAUGGUUUAGCUAUCUAUGCAUUAUUUCUUAUCAUCAUUGGAACCAUAGGAAAUAUUUUAACGAUAAUUAUUCUUCUCCGACCGAAUUUAAGACAAUAUACAACCAUGAGAUAUUUAAUAGCUGUAGCUAUUGCUGAUCUUAGUUCAUUAUAUUCAUGGAAUUUAAAUUUAUUUUAUAAACAUCUAAUUAAUCCAUAUCAAAAUGAUCUAGAAGAUUCAUCUAUUCUAUUAUGUCGUUUUAUAUCUUUUAUGGCAUUUGUUAGUUUACAACUUUCAUCAUGGUAUCUAACAUUAGUUAGUCUCGAUCGAUGUCUUAAUAUACAUUUUUUAUUUUGGCAUCGAAAAAUAGGUCGAGCUAAUUAUGUUAUUUAUAUUAUUCUCAUUGUAACGAUAAUCAUAGUUCUUAUUAAUAGUCAUUUACUUUUCUUAAAUGGAUAUCAACAAUCAAAUUGUAUACCAUUUGAAAAACGAACUUGUAUUAUAUGUUAUUCACAUCCAAAUGAUCCGUAUUAUAUAUUUCCUAAAUGGGAAAAAAUUCAUGUUAUUAUUUAUAAUUUAAUACCAUUUUCAAUUAUGUUAAUAUCAAAUUGUUUUAUAAUACGUCGAUCGAUACCAUCAACGAUGAUACGAACAGUAUCGAUUGAUACUAAAAAGAGAUUAAGUCAAAA